GGGGCGGCGACCGGGAGGACGCUGCGCGGCGCGGCGCGGGCGGGCGGGCAGGCGCCGGCCCGCGGCUUCCGCACCUCUUCGGGGGUGCGGUCCGCCAUGCCGUCCUGGGUCAUAGACCGCUACGGCCGCAACGACGUGCUGCGCUUCACCAGGGACAUGGUGUUCCCCACCAUACACUUUCCGAACGAGGUCAUCAUUAAGGUUCACGCUGCGAGCCUGAACCCCAUCGACCUUAGCAUGAGAAGUGGUUAUGGUGCAACUGCAUUAAAUAUGAAGCGGGAUCCCCUGAAACUCAAAAGCGUGGACACUGAAUUUCCACUAACACUUGGUCGAGAUGUCUCUGGUGUUGUUAUGGAAUGUGGACUGAGUGUGUCUUAUUUCAAACCUGGAGAUGAGGUGUGGGCAGCAAUUCCUCCGUGGAAACAGGGCACUCUGUCAGAGUUUGUGGUAGCUAUUGGAAACGAGGUGUCUUUUAAGCCAAAGUGUCUCAGCCACACAGAAGCUGCCUCCUUACCAUAUGUAGGUCUCACAGCUUGGUCUGCAGUUAACCAAGUUGGAGGACUGAACCGAAGUAAUUGUAGUGGGAAAAGAGUAUUAAUAUUAGGAGCUUCAGGAGGAGUUGGUACAUUUGCUGUACAGCUAGUGAAGGCCUGGGGUGCUCACGUGACAGCAGUUUGUUCUCAUGAUGCCAGCACACUGAUGAAAAAGCUUGGAGCAGAUGAUGUGAUUGAUUACAAAUCUGGAAAUCUGGAAGAGCAGCUUAAAACAUUACCCUUAUUUGAUUUCAUCCUAGAUAAUGUUGGUGGAUCCACUGAGAAGUGGGCUCUAGAUCUCCUGAAGAAAUGGUCAGGAGCAACAUAUGUUACCUUAGUGACACCUUUCCUGAUCAAUAUGGACAAACUUGGAGUGGCUGAUGGCAUGUUACAAACAGGAGUCACUGUUGGUUCCAAAACUGUAAAGCAUCUCUUUAAAGGAGUCCAUUAUCGGUGGGCAUUUUUUAUGCCAAGUGGCCCAAGUUUGGAUGAAAUAGCAGAACUAGUUGAUUCUGGAAAGAUUCAACCAGUUAUUGAUCAAGUCUUCUCUUUUUCUGAAGUCCCAAAGGCCUUUCUGAAAUUGGAAAGAGGACAUGCACGUGGAAAAACAGUGAUCGAUGUAAUUAGUAAGAAAUAAAGUACCUCUAA